GUGAAAUAAGAAGCCAUCGCGCUGCAGACAUCUGAAUAGGAUCGCCAAGCCUUAUCUAUCGUCAAAAUGGGCGAUUUUCAAUCAUUUUCGACUUAUUCCGCUGCCUUCUCGGCGACAGAACUCAUCAACCGUCCUGAUAAAACAUAUGCAGUCAAAGGACAAGCUGAAUUCUUGGCUGUCGCUGUAGCCCUCGAUGUCCCAAUCCUCAGCGCCCAGAACAAUGUCAUCGCUAGCAUGAAUAUCCUUUCAGCUGGCGUAGGAGCCUCAUUUGCUGUAUUCGCAUCAGCCGAAGAGCUUAGUCUUGAUACAGAUGAAGACUUUAUCAAUGCGACACCUGGAGUGCGUGAUUGGAUUCAGAAAGCGAAGGAUAGCCAGAAGUUUCGAAGAUAUGUGACCAAGAAGAUUGUUACGUCUCAAGGAGUCGCGAGUGACUCGCCUCAGUUUGCUGCUGCUAUUAACGAGAUAAGGGUUCUAUCAAAUGAGACGAUUCGGCAAUGUGACUUUAUUGUCUCAAUGCUCGCCAUCUCGUGGAGCGAGUCACCGAGUGUAGGGAGAUUUUGGCCACAGGUCUUGCUGGAAGCUGCUGAUGAGGGGACUUUGGCGGAGUAUCUCUCUUCUAAUAAAGCCGACUUCAAGUCUCAAUUGGCAAUAUCCAUGAACAUCGGUCGCGCGCUCCAAUUUCUCCACGCUCAUGGUAUAGUUCAUGCCGAUCUAAAAUCAACAAACGUUCUCGUCUUCACUUCUGGGUUAGAUGAACACCAGCAUGACCUCCUCAACAAAACAGGUCUUCCGCCUAUCCGGGCUAAGCUCUGUGACUUCGGAUAUGCGGUCAUUCUUGAUGAUUACAAGUCCGAGAAUCUAUUCCAGGCGAGGAUCGGCAGUCUUCCAUGGAUGGCACCCGAACUGGAUGUGGAAGAGCCGAUAAGAUUGGAGGAUCUUCACAAGACAGACAUCUACUCCCUUGGACUGCUCACUGCCAGUAUCUUCAUGAAUGGCUGCACACCUUUUGAGUCGCUGAGCCCGGGAGAAGUCUUGGACAUCAAAACGAGAUCGCCAGACCAGCCAGGAUCCGCAGUCGCAACACUUGUAGAGGACAUAAAAGAGAAAACACCGCUCUCGGAACAUCAGGAAGAGUUUGUUCAUGCUUUUCUCGAGGGAACGUGCGCACCUUUGCCCUCAGACAGGGUGUCGUUAUCAGCCAUACAGAGCUACCUGUUUCUAGGACUCAUGCAACAACUGCAUACUGGAAAGGCAACUAUUCCACUUGAGUGGUUCAAGGAUCUACGACCAGCUGCAGACGGAUACAAGGGCGCUCUGGCUGCUCUUGAGAAGAAACAUUCAGGAUUGACAAAUGAAAUCGACCAUGACGAAAUGCUGAUCCAACUCCGGCAAAUGUAUGAUGAAGUCAUAUCCAUCAAGAUCAACAACCCAGAGUUCGAGAAGAUGCUAGCAACAUGUUUCGAGGACCACAGUCUUAAACCAGCUAGCCUUCGAAAGUUCAAGAAGAACUGGAAGCCAGAUGAGGAUACUCAAGAUAGCGAGGGUUUCAUCACCCGAAUGAACGAGAUCUUUGAUGGGGCUAUAGCUAAAGUUCCUGAUUUUGCAUUUGAGCACACUUUGAACGUGUCUCUCAUUCCGAGAGUAGCUCAAGAAGAAGUCUUCCGAGACUUGAAAGAGAGUGUUGAGCUAGGGGAUGUACAAGACUCUGCCGCUCCACUGCACCUCGCUGGGGCAUAUUUAAAUGGUCAACUUGUCGAGCCAUCAGAAACAAAAGGCCUAGAACAUCUUGUUACAGCCGCUGUGAUGGAGAACCCAGAAGCAUUGUCCGUCAUGCUGAAUAUUUUCGACGCGUGCGAUACCCCUUUGCCGCAAGAAAGCGAAAUUGAACUACUCAGCAAAGUUGAGUCAUAUGGAACCAAGACAUUCGGCCUAGCUCAAGGAACCCUUUUCGACCAUUUAGUUCCCAAGCAUCUCUCAACGAACCAAGUUCUUGGUAGGACCUGGACUCGCAAGUGGCCAGAGAAGUACGAAGAGUACCUCGCGACAGAGCGCAGAUUUCCCAAUAUGUUUCUCCUUCAUUGCAACAGUCCUUUGUUCUUGAAGCAGAAACCCAACAUGGACACCCCGAUAUUUGACUUUUAUCGGCUGGCAUGCCUGAAAGAUGCAGGAAAGGAGAAUCUUGAUCUGGGCAGGACAGAUGAGUUCAAAAAAGAAGUCACUCGGCUUAAGUGUCUCAACUCGUGCAACAAUGAUGGUUUCACGCUGCUCCAGAUCGCAGCUGUUAAGAACGAUCUUGCAAUGGCCCGUGCUUUAGUUGAGCUUGGUGUUGAUGUCAACGCACACGGCAACACUCACGGCUGGGCACCAUUACUUCUAAGCUGCCACUGCGGCCACUUCGACAUGGCCAAACUCCUCAUCGCCAACGGCGCUGACCCGACCAUCCGCGAGACUCUGCACGGCGCUACAAUUCUCCACUCACUAACCCAGUUCUCCAAACGCGAACACUGCGAAGAGAUCUUCGACAUUGCCUUAUCAGCUGGUCUUCAUAUCAAUGUCGCCAUGAAGAACGGUGCAACUCCACUCCAUACGACAUUCGCAGCGUGGGAUUACUCCCACGGAGUGGUGACUGAGCUUCUGCUGGAGUAUGGUGCAGAUCCAACUAGACAGGUCCAAGAAUGGGAUGGAUUCUUGAACUUCAACACAUCAAUUACUCAUGCAGCGCAGCAGCUUGACGUCGAUCUUGCGCUAAGUGCUUUAUUCCGUAGAAGUCGCUUCUACUGCAUGUGCGUCGGAGGCAAAGGGUAUAAAGAGAAGCUAGAGACUGUCAUCUCCCUCCUGGCGGACGAAGACGCCCGGUCGGUGCUGAUCGAACGCCGACGUGUGGAUAAGAAGCAACCUACAGAUCCUUUCCUCACGAUGUGCACCUUCAGAGGAUCUGGUUUCUUUGUGGAUACUUUUCUAAAAGUUUUUCCAGAUACUGUUAUUGAUGAUCCGUCGUGGAACUUACCGAGACUGUUUCUGCAUGUCGCCAUUGAAAGGAGAGAUAUUGAGGCCGUACGUGCUUUCGUUAGACAAGGUGCGGAUAUCCUCACCAAGGAGAGAGGAGGGCGGAAUGCACUUCAUUUUGUAGCACACUACUUUCCCAAGAUCUUACCAGAACUUGUACAGACACUUGAAGAGUUUUCCACAGAGAGACGACAGGGGAAGAGUAUGACAGAGGUAUUGGAGGGGCAGUGUAAUUCCGGCCUCACGGUGUUUGCUCAACUUCUUGUUGAAGGUUAUGAUGAUGAGCGCAAACUGGCAGAAACUCUACGUGCAAAGUACUCGCUGAAGCAUGACUACAAGAUGAACCGAGGCGGUAGCUGGGUGACGUUCGGAGGCUAUCUCGUCUCACUCGCUGUCGCCGAUGGCUUGGUGCCGAUUGAGCAUAUUCAGUACCUUCUGAAUCUUGAUCCACUUCCAGAGUAUGCAACUACCCCGACUGGUAAAACUCUGCUUGCCACAGCUAUCGAAGGCUUUUCAGGAUCUCGAGAUUCGUAUGAUCUUGCAUGUCACCAGGUCACACGAAUGCUAUUAGCGAAGUACCCAGCUUUUGAUGAUGUUUUCCGCAUUGCAGAUGAGAAAGGUCGAUCCUCUCUUCAUAUAGCGGCGUACUGGUCUAACAAGACCGCUUUACAAAUGAUCAAGGACUAUGCUCAACGGCAUUUCCCCAGCAAAAACAUUCCUUGGAAUACAGUAGCCAGCGGAAACACGGUUCUGGAUCACGCACUACUUGGUAUAAAAGAGAAAUCACUUCCAGCACUUGACACUGAAGUCAACAAAGUGGCAACAAGGUCGACAAGGAAAGCAGCGCUGGCUUGUUAUGUGUUCUUGCGAGAGAAUGGAGCGCUGCACAAUUGGGAGUUGGAGGGUUCGUUAGUGGCGGCACGGUUGAUCAUGUACACUCCAGACUUUGAGAAGCUUGGCCUUUUCCUGAGAUUGGCGACUCAGAGACUUGGCCUGGGUCCACCAGACGUCGACUUUGACAGAUGCGUCGAGGUCGGCACUACAGCAAGUCUUGACGGGAGACUCAUCCGAGUUCCAGUCGUAGACCUGGUAUGGAAACAUGACAUCUUCAUUCUCAGAUUCUAUUCCGUUCGGAUAUCAUCUCUUGCAGUUGAAGGUUUCCGUCAAUUUCAUGGUUGGAUUGAGAAGCGAAUGACAGAGACUGAGCCACGAUGUUAUGAAAGUCUUGGUUUGCCCGCUGGACGUUGGCCAUUCAUGACUCUGACCUACGACCAACCCAUGCCUUACGCAAGAGACACUAUGCGCUGGACCCGAGGCGGCCGUAUUUGGACUGAAGAAGAACGCGAUGGGCUUAAAUCACAAUUUUCUUCGCUUUGGGAUAUUUUCUUUGGGGACGUUGAGGAACAGUUCAUGUCUAGGUUUGAGAUGGCUUAAUUCCGUGGCGCACUUCCAGAUGCGGUAAUCCUUAGUCCCGUUGGUGCCGCCGCCCGCCUAUCUCCGGUGCCGUAGGCGCUGGAACCUCAGCACUAUGCUUAAAGAGACCUCUUUGGGAAACGUUCAAUUGAUACGUCCGAUUGUAAAUUCCGUUUGACCAUGAGAAUGUUGUAUUAUAAGAGACAAGGACAGUCGGUC